GAUAUCAAGUUAAUGCAAAAAGUUCAGUGGAAAUGUAUCGUUACGUGCUUCUUUCUGGCUGUCGAUCAAUUGAACUGGAUUGUUGGGAUGGUGCAAAUGGCGAACCAAUAAUUACGCAUGGUCCAUGCCAGUUUACAAGAGUUACACCUAUUUUAUUUAAGGAUGUAAUUGUUGCGAUAGCAGAGACAGCAUUUAUAAUGUCUGAAUAUCCUGUGAUCCUAUCAUUCGAGAAUCAUUGUUCUUUAAAACAACAAAAGAGGAUGGCAGCUUAUUGUAAAGAAAUUUUCGGAGAACUUUUAUUGACAGAACCUCUUCCUGAAUAUCCGAUAAAACCUGGCGUAUCUUUACCGUCACCCAAUGCUCUUCGAAAGAAGAUUUUGAUAAAAAAUAAAAAAUUGGAAACUCGGCCUCUAAGAUUCCAAUACCAACUUUCGAAUACUAGCGAAUUAAUUAAGCAAAUAUCAUUGGAUUCGAAUGAAAGUGAAAAAGCCGCUCACGAUGUUGAUAUUGAACGAUCAAGGGAGUCGAACGAAAUCGAAGAAGUUAAUGAGACUAGAGAUCAAGAGGAACAAGAUUUUGUUGCUGAAGGAGUGAUGAAUGAUGAAAAUGGAGUCGAAGAAAAAUUUGGAAACAUGAGUUCUGAACUUUAUUCUAUGAAUGAAUCUCGUGCUUAUGAACUUGUCAAACAGAAUCCUACGGAAUUCGUUAAUCAUAAUAAAAGGCAAAUUUCUAGAAUUUAUCCCAAAGGGAAACGAGUCGAUUCCAGCAAUUUUUGGCCAAUUAAAUUUUGGAACUGUGGAUGUCAGAUGGCAGCAAUUAAUAUGCAAACUCCAGAUAUUCCGUUUCAAAUGAAUUCAGCUUUCUUUGAACAAAAUGGUCGAUGUGGUUAUGUAGUUAAACCUAGCUUAAUGAGGAAGGCUGACGCUAAAUUUAACCCAUUUGAAACUCGUAACAUGGAUCUCAUUGUGCCUGCGUGUGUAUCAAUUACUGUACGUUUUAGUUGCUUCUUCUUCUUCUAA